AUGGAAGACCCUGAUAUUUUAUCAAACUUUUUAUCAAUUACAGGUUGUGAUGAUUCUUCAUUGGCUACAACCAUUUUAGAGAACAAUAAUUGGGAUGUUGAAAGAAGUGUAGAUUUCUUUUUUACAAUGAAUGAUCCAUCAAAUGUGAAACCAACAACAUCAUCAAAAAAGACAUCAUCCCCACCAACAGCAUCAUCAUCAUCAGCAUCAUCAGAAUUUGACUACAAUGAAGAUGAAUUCAGAGAUCCAAUUCCUCAGAAAAUGGAUAAAUUAGUAGAUCACUAUUAUCAACCAACUCAAAGAAGUUACCAAAAACAAACCAAUGUCUUUGAGGCAUUUAGAGAUUUUGAGAAAGAAAGAGGUAUAAAUCAAGAUAAGGCAACAGAAAAACAAAAAUCACUAUCAGAAUUAUUUAAACCACCAUUAGAUAUAUUAACAUUUGGAACAUUUGAUGAAAUUAAAAAGAUGGCGGAACAAAAGAAAUAUUUUGUAUUAGUAAAUAUUCAAGAUGUUCAAGAAUUUGAUUGCCAAAAAUUGAAUAGAGAUACAUGGUCAAACAAAGAUUUAAAAGAGUUAAUAGGUGAAAAUUUUGUAUUUUGGCAAGUGAAUAGUGCAAAUCCUGAAGGAAAAUGGUUCACUCAAAUCUAUCCAGUUUUUAAAUUUCCUUAUAUUGCAAUCAUUGACCCAAGAACAGGUCAAAAAUUACAAGAUAUGACUGGAUUUAUAGAUGCAGAAGAGAUGGCUCAAUAUUUGGUUACAUUUUUAUCAACAAAUUCUUUCAGUGGUCAAAUUGAUCCACCACCAUCAUCCUCUUCAUCUGGUGCCUCUAAAAAACAAAAGAAAUACAACACAGAAGAUGAAGAAUUAGAAUUAGCAAUUGCGUUAUCAUUAAAACAAGAACAAGAGAGAAAUUCAAAAAGUGGUUCAACCUCACCACUAUCACAACAACAACAACAACAACAACAACAAAAUAAUAAUAAUAAUAAUAAUAAUAAUAGUAACAAUAAUAAUUCAACUUCAACAACAACUACAACAUCAACUACUACUACUAAAAUAUUGGGAACAAAUAAUAAAAAAGAUGAAAAAGAAGAUGAAGAUGAUGUUGAAGAAAAAGAUGAAGAUUUUGAAGAUGAUGAUGAAAUUGAAGAGGAUAACUAUGAUGAUAAUUAUUAUUACGGAGAAACAGUUCAAAAAGAAAUAUCAGAAGAAGAACAAAAGAAAGUUGAAAUUAAACAACUCGUUGAGAAAAUACAAGUUACCAGUAAAAUUGGUACUGAAGGUGAUUGCAUCAUUCAAGUUAGAUGUCCCGGUGGUGAAACAUUAAAAGGUCAAUUCCAUAGCCAUGAUCAAAUUAAAAAUAUCUACUAUUAUGUUCAAGUUAAAACUGGUAUUUCAAAUUUCAAACUAUUUACCUCUUUUCCAAAGCUUGACUUGUCUGGUGAAUUAAUGUCCAAAACUUUAAAAGAAUUAGAUUUGGCACCAAGAGCUGUUCUUAAUAUGCUACAAGAAUAG